GAAAGGCUGACUUUGCCCCCGCUCUCCGUUGAUUGAUUUCAUGUUGGAAACAGGCAUCAGUUCCUUGGAUUUGAUCCUUGAAAACUAAACAUCAUGAGCAACUACAGUGUGUCUUUGGUCGGCCCGGCUCCGUGGGGUUUCAGGCUUCAAGGGGGCAAGGAUUUCAACAUGCCCCUCUCUAUCUCUCGGCUUAACGACGGUGGCAAGGCAGCCCGAGCACACGUGGGGAUAGGUGAUGUGGUUCUCACCAUUGAUGGGAUAAGUACGGAUGGGAUGACUCAUCUAGAAGCACAAAACAAGAUCAAGGCAUGUACAGGCAAUUUGAACAUGACUCUGCAAAGAGUGGCUUCUAUCCCAAAACCUGAUCUUAUUCAUGUACCAAAGGGAGAACCUACAGAAGUAGUUAAGCCUGUGCCCAUUGCCUCUGCUGUUGCACCCAAAGUCACUGCCACGACGAGCGUGGCUUACAAUAAGACACAGCCUAACGCUGAGCAGCGGUCGCCCGCACUGAGCGCUGCUAAACCUGCAGUUAAUGUCCCACGGCAGCCCGCCGCGCACAAUGCCGCCCCGAGCGCCUCUGCCGGCGACGGCGCCCAGGAUCUAGCCGAGGGGCCUCGACGAGGAUUCAGAGAAAACCAGGGGGAGAGUAAACAGCAAAAUGGCCCCCCGCGGAAGCACAUCGUGGAUACCUACACAGAGUUUUACCACACGCCCACCCACAGCGAUGCCAGCAAGAAGCGACUGAUCGAAGACACUGAAGACUGGCACCCCCGGACAGGCACCACCCAGUCCCGCUCUUUCCGCAUCCUUGCCCAAAUCACUGGCACUGAUCACAUGAAAGAACCAGAACAUGAAGCUGCGAAGAAGACUAAGAAAAGCCAAACAGAAAAUGGACACAUCAGGUAAUAGCCAAGUUAUCUAACACUAACAGUCACCGAUGUGGACGCCUAACAAUGCACAGCAUAAAGUACAAUUAGAUUUGCACUGGUAAUGACAG